AGUCCGGCCGCCCCGCCCCGCCCCGGCCCAGCCCGUCAGCCCGGCGACGCGCGCAUGGAGGCCGGCUGAGGAGCGCCGCCGCCUCGCUCGGCAUCCUACAUCAAUCAGGAAGCUGUGGUUCAGCCAUGGAGGGAGAGGAGAAGCCAGCUCAAGAGGCUGACAUGGAACCCGUGGUAACGUCAGGGGCCUCAGAAGCAGUGCCAAGGGUGCUACCUGGAGACACUCAGAGCAUCUCUGAUGUGGAUGCCUUCAACUUGCUCCUGGAGAUGAAACUGAAACGACGGCGUGAACGCCCCAACCUUCCACGUACUGUGACCCAGCUAGUGGCCGAGGAUGGGAGCAGGGUGUAUGUGGUGGGCACUGCUCACUUCAGUGAUGAUAGCAAGAGGGACGUAGUGAAGACUAUCCGGGAGGUGCAGCCGGAUGUGGUCGUUGUGGAACUCUGUCAGUACCGUGUAUCCAUGCUCAAGAUGGAUGAGAGAACGCUGCUGCGAGAGGCCAAGGAGGUCAGCCUGGAGAAGCUGCAGCAGGCUGUCAGGCAGAAUGGGCUUAUGUCUGGACUCAUGCAGAUGUUGCUGCUGAAGGUGUCUGCUCACAUCACUGAGCAGCUGGGCAUGGCCCCUGGUGGCGAGUUCAGGGAGGCCUUCAAGGAGGCCAGCAAGGUACCAUUCUGCAAAUUCCACCUGGGUGACCGACCGAUCCCAGUCACCUUCAAGAGGGCCAUUGCUGCACUCUCCUUCUGGCAGAAAGUCAAGCUGGCCUGGGGCCUGUGCUUCCUGUCAGACCCCAUCAGCAAAGACGAUGUGGAGCGCUGCAAGCAGAAGGACCUGUUGGAGCAGAUGAUGGCUGAGAUGAUUGGGGAGUUUCCUGACCUGCAUCGAACCAUUGUCUCAGAGCGUGAUGUCUAUCUGACCUAUAUGCUGCGGCAGGCCGCACGGCGCCUUGAGCUUCCCCGCGCCUCUGAUGCUGAGCCCAGGAAGUGUGUCCCAUCUGUGGUUGUGGGCGUUGUUGGCAUGGGGCAUGUGCCUGGCAUUGAGAAGAACUGGAGUACCGACCUCAACAUCCAGGAGAUCAUGACAGUCCCCCCACCGUCCCUCUCAGGCAGAGUGUCCCGGUUGGCCGUGAAGGCUGCCUUCUUUGGUCUCCUGGGCUACAGCCUGUACUGGAUGGGCCGUCGAACCAUGAACCUGGUCCUAUCACUGCCUGCUGCGCAGUUCUGCCUCCAGAGGGUGAGCGAAGCCCGGCCAGGCCGGUAGGAGGACCUUGCAAGGAAGAGACUGCACCCAGGGGCUCUACUCCUCUGCAUCGAGUGGGGUGCUCCCAAGGAGCUGGCACCACCUGUCUGGGGAUGUCCCUGGGGACAGAUGCAUCCAAGCCACCCCCUAUGGGGGCCUAGGCCAGGCUUUCCCUAUCUUCCCAAUGCCCAGCCCACCCAAAUAAAGAAUAUUUCAUUGUCUGAGCCCAGGCUUCCCAGCAGCCCACACACACUGUGGGGCCACCUAUGGGCAUUAGGGCCAUCCGCAGUGUCAGGACCCAGCGGCCUAGUUCCAAAAGGACCAGAAGCUGAGGGGAGGCACUGAGACACCCCACCCUUAACCCCAGGUGGGUUUGGCAAGCUGUUGCUCUACCUACCUCACUGUGCCUUGUGCUCUGGCCGGCAGGAGCAUCUGGGCCUGAGUGCAUCUCACUGUGGGUUUGGGGCUGAGUCUCAUGCACCUCCCUCCUGGUGUGUAGGGCCUGGCCUGGCCUGGACAUGCAUGUGGCAUUGCCAGCUGCAUCUCUGCCUGCAGAGAGUCUGUGGUUUAGUUUUGUGCGGUUUUGUUUUCUGUUUUUGUUUUUGUUUUUUAAUGUCAAAAAGUUUUUUACUCAGGUAAUUUUGACGUCAAAGAGAAAACAAACUGAAGCAAAUAUCAGGAAAUACAAGCCUUAAAUCCAGUGAGGACAAAGAAGUCAUCUUUUUAUUUGUGUUUGUGUGCCCUGAGUGGGCAGUGUAUGUCAGAGCCGGCUUGGGGGUCCAGGCCAGCCCCUGCUAGACACCACUACAGCUCAGAGUGGCGUGAGGCUGCCUCGGAUAUGAGCCUGCAAGGCUGCCCCUGGUGUUGGUAGGGCCUUGGCCUGAUUGCUGUGCAUUAGCUGAGAUGCACUGAGGGCAGUAGGCACCCACUAUGGGCCACGAACCUAGGGCCAUGGCUGGUUUGUGCGCAGCCAGCCAUUCAUGUGUACAGGCUGUGGCUCCUGCUUUAUGGCACAGCCUGGCAAGACCACAUUGAUUGUCCUUGUGUUGGCUGCCAAAUCAGGUGAGACACGGAGCUGGGCGGGGACAUAGGGCUGGCUGGCUGUGUACUCUGUCUCACACUUGUGGACUCAUUCCCUAGAAAGAAAUAAAUUUUAAUUUUGGAAGCUCC